UCGAGCACGAAGUUGACGUUCAGUGGUUUUCUUCUGACAUCUGUUUGUCUGUCUGUCCGUAAAUGCACCUCUGUGUAUUUAAUGAUCGGACUCAUUUCUUUAAUUGUAAAUUAGCCUAAUCAGCAGUAGAUUCCCGGACAGCUGGCCUUCUGUGUUUGCUGACAGGUUGCGUAAUUUGCGUGUGUUCAAGCUGUUCGCAUUUUAGGAGGAACGGCUUCUUUUAAAACUGUGUAUCUUAGUCCACCUUAAAGGGUCCGCCUUAAAGGGUCGUGGUGUGGAUUCUAGUGUGUUUAGACUCAUCCGUCCUCUGCGUCGGUACCGUUUCUAUGUUUCCUGUGAGCCCCCGGUGCAGCCGCUGUUGGAUGUUCAUGACCUCAGACCACCAGUCCAAAGGCCCACAGGUAUGAAUUAAAGCACACUCUGAAACUGGUCACACUGCUGUGAUUGGGAGAAGACAUCCAGACUAAAGGGUCCCUCAGAGGGUCCCAGUGUGUCCUGAGCUGAGCUGAGCCGAGCUGAGCUGCCCCCCCCCACUACUUGCCAAUGCUGGAUCUGGAAGUGGUGCCUGAGAGAUCACUAGGAAAUGAGCAAUGGGAAUUCUCCUUAGGGAUGCCAUUGGCCCAGGCCAUCUCCAUUCUGCAGAAACACUGCCGCAUCAUCAAAAAUGUGCAGGUGCUCUACAGUGAACAGACUCCGCUCAGCCAUGACCUCAUACUCAGCUUGACUCAGGAUGGGAUUAAACUGCUGUUCGACGCCACUAAUCAAAGACUCAAGGUCAUUGAAGUGUACGAUCUAAGCAAAGUCAAGUUGAAAUACUGUGGAGUGCAUUUCAACUCUCAGGCCAUCGUCCCCACAAUCGAACAGAUAGACCAGUCAUUUGGAGCGACACACCCUGGAGUUUACAAUGCAGCAGAGCAGUUGUUCCAUCUGAAUUUCCGUGGCCUGUCGUUCUCCUUCCAACUGGACUCAUGGAAUGAAGCUCCAAAAUAUGAGAUUCCACACGGGGCCAUGGUGAAGCGCAUGCACAUCUACACCGGCAACAACCUGCAAGAAACAAGAGCUCCAGUGAUGCCGUUGGCUUGUUUCCUUGGUAACAUCUAUGCAGAGUGCGUGGAUGUGGUGAGAGACUGGGCGGGACCUCUGGGACUCAAACUCCGCCUCCUCACUGCAGGCUGUGGCCCUGGUGUGAUGGCUGAUGCCAAAGUCCGGUCCUUAGAGCGGAGCAUCUUCUUCGGGGACUCAUGUCAGGAUGUGCUGGGCGCUCUGGGUUCACCACAUAAAGUCUUCUACAAGUCAGAGGACAAGAUGAAGAUCCACUCUCCGUCACCUCACAAACAGGUUCCUUCCAAAUGUAACGACUACUUCUUCAACUACUUCACCCUGGGAGUGGACAUCCUGUUUGACUCGACCACUCACCUGGUUAAAAAGUUCGUCCUCCACACCAACUUUCCUGGACAUUACAACUUCAACAUAUAUCAUCGAUGUGACUUUAAGAUUCCACUAGUCAUCAAAAAAGAGGGCUCUGAGGCUCAGACCGAGGACUGCAUCCUAACCACCUACAGUAAGUGGGAUCAGAUUCAGGAGGUGCUGGGCCAUCCCAUGGAGAAGCCUGUCGUCCUCCACAGGUCCUCCUCUGCCAAUAACACCAACCCCUUCGGCUCCACCUUCUGCUUCGGACUGCAGAGGAUGAUCUUUGAGGUGAUGCAGAAUAACCACAUUGCCUCCGUGACCCUCUAUGGUGCUCCUCGGACCUCCGGCCAAGGCCGACCCCAGUCCAGUAGUAGUUCCCAUUGAACCAGUAAAGCAGAACCAUGUCGGUUCUGGUCCGUCCUGAGUCUUGGACCUCUGACCAACCCAACAACUAAACCCAGAGCCACAUUCUGAACCUGCACCUAAUCCAUGAAACCACAUUACUCGUGUCCAGCUUUGACGCUUCUCAUCCAACAGAAAAAAAAAAAAAACA